AUGGUUAUGAUUAAUUUUAGGGCAUGUCGCUUAUGCAGGUGCAUUGAUGCACGAGUCCAUGGUGUUUUGGAAACAGUUGUGGUUGUCCUGGGAGGAGAGCAACUCGGUCGUAUGUUGUGUGAAGCAACUUCUCAAAUGGCAAUGUUUUGGAUCCAAUGGAGAGCUGUCCAGCAAGUGCCCUGUGCCAUUAUCAUAUGGUGGGUUGCUAUGAUGAUAGUGCAACAGUUGAAGAAUUUGCUAAAAGGUUGGAGUUCAAAGGGCCUAUUAUGUGGAGUAUUAACUGUCGAAAUUGAGCAUGUUAAUGUUGCCACCCUUGAGAAACUUGAGCAACAAGGGGUGGACUGCCAACCUAAAGCUUUAACAAUCCGAAUUAUCCAAGAUAAAUACCUUCAGAAGGUUCAUUUUUCUGAACGUGCAAUUCCACUCCCUGAAUUCAUGCAGGUAGCUGCACCACGUGUUGGAAUCAUCAUGGGCUUGGAUUCAGAUCUUCCUGUUAUGAAGGAAGCUGCAAAUUUUGAGUUUGAUGUGCCUACUGAGGUAAGAGUAGUUUCAGCACACCGGACCCCUGAAAUGAUGUUUUCUUAUGCUCUCUCUACUCGGGAGCGCGGUAUCCAGGUUAUCAUUGCCAGUGCUGGUAGUGCCGCUCGUUUGUCAGGCAUGGUUGGUGCAUUGACCCCCUUGCCUGUGAUUACUUGCUUCUACAUUAGAUGGACUCGUCUCCCUCUUGUCAAUUGGUCAGAUCCACACUCCAAAGCCUCUCAACUUUCGCCCAGCAGUCCCCCGCCACUACCACGUGGCGAAGCUAGGUGGUCUAUCAAAGACUUUGAAGACGCUUGUGAGGACGGAGGGAAGAUGGAGAAGGUGAUAGAGGAGGCUAUUUUGUACUUCGUUGCAGAUAGAAGAAUAACUAUUGGUAUUAGAGGGCCUGACGGUGGAAAUUUCUUCAUUUGCAACAAGAGCAGAGACAGAUCUUAUCAAUUUGUACCUGUAAAUUAUCUGCUUGAUGUCGACAACAUUGUAGACAGUACUACUACUUUUGGUUGUGAUGAUGGAUUUGGGGUGAAGGUGACGGUGGUAGUUGUGGAUAUGAGACCGGGUGGCUACACCCCUGGGUUAGGGGCACAUGUUGAGUGUGUUGCAUUGAAAACUGAAAUCCUAGGACUGAAGGGAAUGGAAGGGGAAGAGAAUAAGAAGAUGGGUUCAAAGAGAAAGUUGAAAUUGGUUGAAAUGGCAUUUGAUUCGGAUGAUGACGAGCCUAUUUUGUCAUUGCUAAAAUUAAAAAGUAGAAGGAACAAGAAAACUAAGUUGGGGUUGGAUGGUGGUGGAAAUAAGGGAAAAGCGAUCGAGAAAAUUGUGGUCGAAGAGGAAGAAUUGGGUGGCAUGGGUGAUACAUUGGCGAGUUUUAGGAGGAAAUUAAAGGGUCCGAAAAAGGAUGGUGGGUCUGAUGCAGUAGUUGAGCAACAUUUGGGUGAUAACACUGUGGAGUCCUCAGGUCAGUCUUUCAUAGUAUCUGCAGAGAAUGACUCUUUGGGUGAAAAGUUGUUAUUGGAGGUUGGGGGGAAAAAUCAGGUGACCGGUAUUGGUGGAUCUGAUGGGGAUGGGACAAUUGGCAAGGCCUGUGAGGUGACGCACAAAAAGACAAGCGCAAAAUCCAAAUUUAGUUCAAGGGCAAACAAAGAUGGAAGGGAAUCUCUUGAUGGUUUGAAUGAUCAGAAACAUGGAAAUAACGCAUUACGGGAUGAGAAAGACGGUGCUUCGGGAGAUGAAUAUUUGGAAGAUUCUUUGUUUUCUUAUGUCCAAAAGGUUCAGUCAAGCAUGAUUAGGAAAUCCCAAGGUUCAUCAAGACUGAAACAGGGAAAGGAAACUCAAAUUUCUGAUGAUGGGUUGAUAUCAACUUCCGUUGCUGGCUCAGACGUUCUUCCUACACAUGUCUUGGUUGGGGAAUCAAGAUCUGCAUCUAAAUUGGUCAAUAAAUUCCCAGCUUCUGAUGAAAGUUUGCAUUCAGCACCUGUGAGGGAUUCAACCUUGAUCCAUCAGACUGCCGAUGAUAGUUUGCCUCAAGUCCCAGACAAUGUACAAGGUAAUAUUGAGACAAAUGAAAUAUUGAGAUCCAAUGAUGCCGAAGAUGAAGCAUCUCUCAAAGCAAUCUCUGAGAAUUCAAUUUUCAAUUCCGUGGUCCAUAGAUCCGAAUCCUUUUUUAGGGCAUGUUCUGGUAUGAUUACUAGAGUCCAAGAUGGUAAAAUCAAUUCUGAGACCAAUGAAAAUCGUGCUGUUUUAGCCGAGGAUGCACAUGUUUCAAAUCGUACAAUCAAUACAAGUUCUGCGAAUGCUAAGGACUGUUGUUUGCCUCCUUUUCAAGAGCCCGUGGUAGGGGUAAAACAUGAGAAGGAAGAUGAUUUAUCUCAUGAUGUUUCAAAGCUACCGGUUGCUUUGAAACAGAUAGAGAAAGGCCAGUUUGAUGAAGUUGUACCAGUAGGAGAUUCCAGUGACCACCUUGAUUCACAAUCGAAUGCAGUUCCAACGAGACAUAUCCCGAGUAUGGACCCUAAAAUUUCCUCUUCAGAUGGCGGAGAAGUUCCUGAGUUUUGUUUAGACGACAUAUCAUUUAAUAAGGAAUGUGACAAUACAUCUCUGCACAUGGUUAAAAGUUUUCCCCAUGAAAACUUGGAGCGGUCAACAUCACUGUCUGAUUGUGUGAGGAAGGUGGGAGAUGAUGUGAAAUCAGAUCAUCGAACUAAUUUUGACUUUAGUUUUAAUGAUUUUAGGCAAUUCCCAUCUCACUUGUCAUCAUCUGUAGCGGAUGUACCACAGGAGGAACGCAGAUCCAGUAGCGACAGUCUAACUAGAAUACGUGGUAAAUGCAUUGAGGAUUCAGAUAUUGCUUCAGUUUCUUCACAAGAGGAUGAUGGUCAAGUUUCUGAGGGUAGAUUAUCAGCACAUGGAGUCCACAAAUAUGAUGUGGCUUCCCGAAUAAAAUGUCUGGACGCAACCCAUAAAACUGGGAACGAAGAGGCCGAUGGGAUCUCUUCGCCAUCCAAUUUACUGGACCAUGAUGGAAUCUGUGUAGAAGAUAUAGAAUCCUUGGCUGAUCCUGAAACUAAAGAUAAUGGGCUAUCAGCUGGCCAGCGUACUGCUCGUAAUGCUAAAAAGCAUAGGCAUGGGGACAUGGCUUAUGAGGGGGAUGCAGAUUGGGAGAUUUUGAUGCACGAGCAAGGUUUUCUUGUUAGCCAUCAGGUUGUAGAUGGUGACAAGCCUUCUAAAGCAAGAGAAAAGUUUGAUUCGGCAUCGACAAUUGUAGAGUCUGAAAAUGGAAAGACAGCAGCUGUGUCGGCUGGGCUAAAAGCUCGUGCAGUUGGUGCUCUUGAGAAAAUCAAGUUUAAGGAAGUGCUGAAGCGCAAAGGUGGACUUCAGGAGUAUUUGGAAUGCCGGAACCACAUUUUGAGUGUCUGGAACAAAGAUGUCAGUCGCAUUUUGCCACUAGAAGACUUUGGAGUAUCUGAUAUUCCAUUGAUGGAUGAACAUCCACGCACUACUCUGAUUAGGGAUGUAUAUACAUUUCUUAAUCAACGUGGUUGUAUAAAUUUUGGAGUUGCUUCUGAGAAGGAUAAAACAGAGAACAACUCUAAUCAUAACUUUAAACUUCUAAAAGAGGAAAAGUUUCGGGAAAAUUCUGGGGCUCCUGUUGCAGAUUCUGAAGAUGGAGUUUCCUUUAUCCUUGGGAGGGUAAAGAGUUCCAAGACUUCUACUGUGGGAAAGAAUGAUAAUUUGUCUUGUGAUGAAAAACAAGCGGGAAAAGACAAAGAUGAGGAAUUCGCAAAUAUUCAAACCAAAGAAUUAUCUAUACCAGCUGUUCCUGAAAGAUGCUCCCCUGAUGAUUGCCAAGGAAAUGGUUACCCGGAUGCAAAUGCAAAGCUUCCUGAAGGUGUGAUUGAUUUGGAUUAUACAGGUUCUAUUCUUUCCAGUGAAGACGAGAAUGGUAGAACACUCCCUACUGUGUGUCCUGAUUUAAUAUCUUCUGUUGAAUCAGACAUCGGUGGAGCAGUAACUAUUAUGCAGUCAAAGUCCCAAAAAGUCGCUGCUCAAUCAUUGUCCUUAACUGGCGACGGGCUUAUACAUUGUGACUCUGAACCCAGGAAGAGAAUUAUCGUAGUAGGUGCAGGUCCUGCUGGAUUAACUGCAGCACGGCACAUGCAACGCCAAGGCUUUGAUGUUACAAUUCUCGAGGCUAGGAAUAGAAUAGGAGGUCGCGUGUUCACGGAUCGCUCAUCUUGCACAGUUCCGGUAGAUCUUGGCGCUAGCAUCAUUACAGGUGUUGAAGCAGAUGUAGCUACUGAAAGAAGACCAGACCCUUCUUCAUUGGUGUGUGCUCAGUUGGGACUUGAAUUGACUGUAUUGAACAGUGAUUGUCCUCUUUAUGACACCAUAACUGGUGAGAAAGUUUCUGCACGUCUGGAUGAAGCCUUGGAAGCAGAAUUUAAUAGCCUACUUGAUGACAUGGUAGUGCUAGUUGCUGAGAAAGGGGAAUAUGCGAUGAAAAUGUCUCUUGAAGAAGGUCUAGAAUAUGCGCUCAAUAGACGUCGCAUGGCUGGUACUGGAAGGGAUCAAGUGGACAGUGAAUCGAAUAAAGUAUUGGAUACUCUCAUGGACUCUGGAAAGUUUGGUUUUGGUGUUGAUGAUGAAGUUAUUGAGGCUCAGGGUUCUAAAUCAGAGAUUUUGAGCCCUCUUGAGAGGAGGGUCAUGGAUUGGCAUUUUGCCAACUUAGAGUACGGUUGUGCUACUUUGCUUAAAGAAGUAUCACUUCCAUAUUGGAACCAGGAUGAUGAUUACGGAGGGUUUGGUGGAGCUCAUUGUAUGAUUAAAGGGGGUUACAGUAGUGUUGUUGAAUCUCUAGGAGAAGGACUUGGCAUCCACUUGAACCACGUCGUAACAAGUAUUUCAUAUUGCACGAAGGAUAGCAGGACUAGUGAUGAACUCAGUAGCAAGGUUAAAAUUUCAACAUCAAAUGGCAAGGAGUUUCACGGAGAUGCUGUCCUAGUCACGGUGCCACUUGGCUGUCUGAAAGCAGAAACCAUCAAAUUUUCACCACCAUUGCCCCAAUGGAAAUAUCUAUCCAUCAAGCGGCUUGGUUUUGGUGUUCUAAAUAAAGUUGUGUUGGAGUUUCCUGAAGUAUUUUGGGAUGACUCCAUUGAUUAUUUUGGUGCCACUGCUGAGGAUACAGAUCUCAGGGGAUGGUGUUUUAUGUUCUGGAAUGUCAAGAAGACAGUUGGAGCACCUGUUCUUAUAGCGUUAGUUGUUGGUAAGGCUGCCUUAGAUGGUCAAAAUAUGAGCCCUUCUGACCAUGUUACACAUGCCUUGGUUGUUCUCCGCAAAAUUUUUGGGGAAGAACGAGUUCUUGAUCCUGUUGCAUCUGUAGUGACCGAUUGGGGAAGGGAUCCUUACAGCUAUGGUGCUUACUCCUAUGUUGCAGUGGGUUCCUCAGGAGAAGACUAUGAUAUUUUGGGCAGGCCAGUGGAGAACUGUUUAUUCUUUGCUGGUGAAGCAACCUGCAAGGAGCAUCCUGACACUGUAGGUGGUGCAAUGAUGAGUGGGCUUCGAGAGGCUAUACGUAUUAUUGAUAUAUUGAGUACAGGAACUGAUUAUACUGCAGAAGUAGAGUUCAUGGAGGCUGCAAGGAGACGUUCUGCCAGUGAAAGGAGUGAAAUAAGGGAUAUUAUCACGAGACUUGAUGCAGUGGAACUAUCAAGUGUUCUGUGCAAGCAUUCUUUGGAAGGGACCCCAAUUUUGACCAGGGGUAGUCUGCUACGGGACAUGUUUUUCACUGCAAAUACUACAGCUGGACGAUUGCAUCUGGCUAAAGAGCUGUUAAACCUUCCUGUUGGAUUUCUCAAGACUUUUGUUGGGACUAAAGAAGGACUAAGCACGCUCAACUCAUGGAUUUUGGAUUCCAUGGGGAAAGAUGGAACUCAGCUCUUGCGUCACUGUGUCCGUCUACUUGUACUUGUCUCAACUGAUUUACUUGCAGUCCGCUUAUCAGGUAUUGGAAAAACUGUAAAAGAAAAAGUCUGUGUACAUACCAGCCGUGAUAUACGCGCCAUAGCAAGCCAGCUAGUAAGUGUGUGGGUUGAAAUUUUCCGUAAGGAGAAGGCAUCUAAUGGCAGACUGAGAUUACUGAGGCAACCAAAUACUCUGGACUCAUCAAAAAGCAAGUCUUCUGUAGUUUCAGGAAAGCCUCCUCUGUUCGUACCUAAUGCUGCAACAGAGGGCAAAGGAAGUCCUAAAGUUUCUGCAUCUGCCGGCCACCAGUAUCCUUCAAGUGCAAGCACUAAGAAAGUGAGCAACAGACCUGUCAAAGCAGAAUCAAGAUUUGACUCAAAAUCAGAGGUUAAAUCGUCAGCUUCUCAUGGUUCAGUAGGAAGGCAAAAUGCCAUGGAGAAGGAAAAUGGAGAUAUUCCCAUGACUGAAGAGGAAAAGGCUGCCUUUGCUGCUGCCGAAGCAGCCCGUGAAGCAGCCCUUGCCGCUGCUGAGGCGUAUGCUUCUUCUGGUGCCGUGUAUAACACCUCACUGCAGCUUCCUAAGAUACUCUCAUUUAACAAAUUUGCUAGACGGGAACAAUAUUCACACAUGGAUGAGUCUGAUUGUAGAAAGAAUUGGUCUGGAGGUGCAACAGGAAGGCAAGAUUGCUUAUCUGAAAUAGAUUCUAGGAAUUGCAGGGUAAGGGAUUGGUCGGUUGACUUCUCAGCUGCUGGUGUUAACCUUGAUAGCUCUAAAAUAUCCGUUGAUAAUCGUUCCCAGCGGAGCCAGUCAAAUGAGAUUGCAAAUCAUUUAAACUUUAAAGAGCACUCUGGGGAAAGUGUAGCUGCAGACAGCAGUAUAUUCACAAAAGCAUGGGUUGAUAGUGCUGGUAGUGUAGGGAUAAAGGAUUACAAUGCUAUUGAGAGAUGGCAAUGUCAAGCUGCUGCUGCAAGUUCUGGUUUCUCUCAUGGGACAAUGCACAUUACAGAUGAGGAGGAUUCAAACAUGAGUUCAAAAUUACGUUUGUCGAAACAUGAUGCACGAGCCAAUGAGAGCUCUGCUUCGCACAUCAUAGUGAACAAAGAAAAGAAAGACAAUGAACCUAGGGGGACAGAACGUAUUAAACAGGCUGUUGUGGAUUAUGUAGCAUCACUGCUCAUGCCUCUUUAUAAAGCAAGAAAAAUUGACAAAGAAGGUUAUAAGUCAAUAAUGAAGAAAACUGCCACAAAGGUAAUGGAACAAACUACUGACGCCGAGAAAGCUAUGGCUGUUUUUGAGUUUCUUGAUUCCAAACGUAAAAACAAGAUUCGAGCCUUCGUGGACAUGUUGAUUGAAAGACACAUGGCAACAAAGCCAGGCAUAAAAUAG